AGCGGAGAAGAAGAAGAAGCUCUAGCAGCUAUCAGCUAACCAAACAUUCAGGAGUAUCUGUUUCAGACUACGGCCAAUGUCGUCUUAGUACUUGUUUUUGUCGACUGGCCGACAAUAUUGAAAUAAGAAGAAAAUACAAACAUACAAAGAUGCCUUUGCCUGUGCAGGUGUUUAACUUUCAGGGGUCUGUGGAGCCCAUGCAGAUUGAUGCAGACCCUCAAGAGGACCAACAGAACGCUCCGGACAUCAACUACAUCGUGGAGAACCCAACUCUGGACCUGGAACAGUAUGCCACCAGCUACAGUGGAUUAAUGCGCAUCGAGAGGCUUCAGUUCAUCGCUGAGCACUGCCCUCAGCUCCGAGUGGAGGCCCUCAAGAUGGCCCUUACCUUCGUCCAGAGAACCUUUAAUGUCGACGCCUAUGAAGAGAUCCACCGUAAACUCACCGAGGCCACACGAGAGGUGCAGGGUGUACCAGACACAGUACCUGAAGGUGGAGCCGUUCCUCCUCCCCUGGACUCGGCCUGGGCAGAAUCCACCAGGAAGAAGGCUUUGCUCAAACUGGAGAAACUGGAUACGGAUCUCAAGAACUACAAAGGCAACUCCAUCAAAGAGAGCAUCAGGAGAGGCCAUGAUGACCUGGGAGACCACUACCUGGACUGUGGUGACCUCAGUAACGCCCUGAAAUGCUACUCUCGUGCAAGAGACUACUGCACCAGCGCUAAACAUGUUAUUAACAUGUGCCUGAAUGUGAUUAAGGUCAGUGUUUAUCUCCAGAACUGGUCCCAUGUUCUGAGCUACGUGAACAAAGCAGAGUCCACACCAGAAAUAGCCGAGCAACGAGGGGAGCGAGACAGCCAGAACCAGGCCGUCCUCACCAAGCUAAAGUGUGCUGCAGGACUGGCUGAGUUGGCCUCCCGAAAAUACAAACCAGCUGCCAAAUGUUUCCUGCAGGCUUCAUUUGACCACUGUGACUGUCCAGAGCUGUUGUCUCCCAGUAAUGUGGCGGUGUAUGGAGGCCUGUGUGCUCUGGCCACGUUUGAUAGACAAGAACUCCAACGUAACGUCAUCUCCAGCAGCUCCUUUAAGUUAUUUCUGGAGUUAGAACCUCAGAUCCGAGACAUCAUCUUCAAGUUCUACGAAUCCAAGUAUGCGUCCUGUCUGAAGCUGCUGGAUGAGAUGAAGGAUAACCUGCUGUUGGACAUGUACCUGGCACCUCACAUCAGGACUCUGUACAGUCAGAUCAGGAACAGAGCUCUGAUUCAGUAUUUCAGCCCCUAUGUAUCGGCUGAUAUGACCAAGAUGGCCCAGGCCUUCAACACCACCGUGGUAGCUCUGGAGGACGAGCUGACCCAGCUCAUUCUGGAAGGUCUAGUCAACGCUCGAAUCGACUCCCACAGCAAAAUCCUGUACGCAAGGGACGUGGACCAGAGGAGCACCACGUUUGAGAAGUCCCUUCACAUGGGCAAGGAGUUCCAGAGACGAGCCAAGGCCAUGAUCCUCCGAGCUGCCGUGCUGCGGAACCAGAUCCAUGUCAAGUCUCCACCCAGAGAGGGCAGCCAGGGGGAGCUGACACCAGCCAACAGCCAGACCAGGAUGAGCACAAACAUGUGAGGAGGAGGUGGUUUUCAGAGUCUGAAGGAUUGUUCUUCAUCAGCACCUCUCCCUCCUCAUCAGCUCCAAGCUGUGAAGUAAUCUGUUAACCAGCGGGUGGAUAAAACCAGCUGAGAACUCCACGUGUAAAUGAUCCCUGGAUGGAACCUUUAGCUUUUAAAAUAAAACAUCUACCACAACAUAAAA